AUGGCAGCAGGACCGCAAGCAUUCUUUUGCCUGUGGCAGGACGACCAGAUCCGCGAGCGGCUCUUCGAGUUGCUACACAAAGAGGAUAUCUGCAAUGUUCGACUUGCAUCCUCGGCGUGCUGCAACCUCGUUACGAAGCGCCUGUUUCUUCGAACCAACUUGACCUUCACCGCCAACACCUUUACGCGGCAGUCGAGAAUACAGGCUCUGUCACGUAUAGGACACCAUGUUGAACAUUUUACAUUCCACUUUCCGCAUUCAGAUGCAACCUUCUUACCGCCCCUCAUCCACCCCGAAACGGGCCGUGAGAUAAGCUUCUUAUAUACCCCUCAUACCUCGAUGGCGUCGGUAUUAGCAAGACCCAAGUUUGCAAACAGCGAACUUGGCGAGAUCUUGACACAGCAAUAUCCGCCACUGUUCCAUGCUGCAUCCAAUGUCCCUUCUUUCAUCAACGCGAUGAAGCAUCUACCUAAUAUGAGACACCUCACUAUUAAAACCCCGGGACAGAAUCCCAAGGAGAGAUAUAGGCGGGACAUUGUCGAUUAUGCCCUGAUUAGUCUCCGCAUCUCAUUGGAGAGGGCGCCUUUGAAGAAACUCAUGAAGUUGUCCCUAUCCUCAGUGCACCCCUCGGCCUUCAUAUACUUGCGCCAUGUUCCUGGGUUUGGGUGCCUGCCUUCAGCUGGCCGCCGGUGGAAGCAAAUCCGCAAAUUGCACAUAUCGGCCGAGUCUUGGGACUUCUAUGGACCCUCUCCUGGCCUGGAUCACUUGAAGGUGAUCGAAGACUAUAUUCGGAACUUUUCCGACUGCCUGGAGAAGUUUACGUUCACAUGGCUUGGUCGCAAAGGGCCGUGUCCAAUAUCACUGGCAUCAGACCCCUUAUUUGCGCCGCCUCGCAGCUCGCAGAAGCUGUUCAACGAGGUGACGUCGCCAAUGUCGCCUCUGCCUCCUGCGCCCGUCAGAAAACCAGUUACAUUCCGCAAGGUGCGCUACUUAUCAGUGCGUAAUGCGACAAUGAACGCUCCACAAGUAGCAGAACUGGUCGCAAGCCAUCAGCAUUGUGUGCGUGAGUUCGACUUUGAAAAUGUCGUCCUCAUCAACAAUGGCAGCUGGGAUGACGCCCUGGCGCCAAUUAUGGAGGACCAGUCUCGAAGUGACCAUUGGUCGCGUCACUCAACUGGGUCCAUCACUGAGACCGAGAGCGUACACUCGCACUCACACCCGUAUUUGGACGAGGUAUCCUCUCCGUCGGCAGCAGUUGCGGCCUUGUCACAAGAACUGCUCGACCUCGGUCUAGAAGAAACCGAGACCAAUUAUGGCUAUGAAGAGCCCGAGCAAGAAGACAUGUAUGAGCUACCAUCAGAUCUCGAAUCAGCGAGACAAGCUAGCCUAGCCUUUUCAACGAAAACCAAGAGGAAGCGCAUCACCAAGAAGCGCCGUCGCAGGAGAAAGCACAGCCACGAUUCAACAGAGGAACGGUAUGAGCCUCUGGUAGAGGAUCAUCCGACGCCCACUCGCAGCCGUCACAGGCACCAGAGGUCUGACGAGAGUAUCAACUUGGAUUAUGACCUCGAGCCGCGUUAUCCUCAGGUCGAGCCACCACAGCCUAUCCACUACCGCUCACGCUCUCUGCUGUUUGGAGAGAUGAACAGUAUUCAUUCACAGUCGAGUCAUCGACUCUUUGGCGAGCUCGACAGCAAUAUGUCCCGGUCAAGUCAGCGUCUCUUUGGCGAGAUUGAACCAGAACUCAGCUUCAGUCACUCGCCCACCGAUGAAGACGGAUCCAUUGACGAGUACUUCCGGCCGGUGACUCCCAUUAUGGAACUGGACAUGGAGAUCUCGGCGCCCAUCCUCAAUACGCAGCCGUCGAUGCCGGCGCUCCUGCAGCCGACUGUGUAUGAUCCGAUGGCUGACCUGUGUGGGGAGAUCACCGCGGUGCAGCGAGACAUCGAGGCCGAGGAAGCGCAGCGUGUCCUCGCUGAAAACCCUGAUAUGCGCAUAUCGGCCUUAAAGAAGGCGAAGGAAGCUGUUUUGAGUAAGCUGUCCGAACAAUUCUCCAGUGGGCUGGCCAAGAAGCAGGCCAAGAAGGAGGGAACAAUCACACCGCUUGGUAUGGCUGCCAUGGGUGUUCGUUUUAGGGAGGGUCUGUUUGGAAAGAGCAGCACCCCCGUGGUGACGACUUUUGAUCACCGUAGCAUGGACGUACCUAUUCUCUUUAGUCGAUGA